UACGAGAGCUCUAGUGAGUAAGUUUUCCAUUGUAUGUAUUAUUCCAUGACCCACUCUAUAUGAAAAAUCAACUUGAUCUUGGGACGUUUUCUCUCAGGUCAUUCCCUGGGUCUGAGCAAGACAAAUGUCCCAGUCCAACAACAGAGACUGGAGACAGAACUGCUGCAGCUGUCCGGUGGCAACCUGUUACUGCUACUGGUCACUGCCAUGAGAACGACAGGGUUUCGUGGACAGAGAGUCGUGAGAAGCAGCUGGCCAAGAGGAAACUCAUCGUCGCUUCUGUUGUCAGCCUGGUCUUCAUGGUUGGAGAGGUGAUCGGUGGCUACGCGGCACACAGUCUGGCCAUCAUGACCGACGCCGCUCAUCUCCUCACAGACUUCGGUAGCAUCAUGGUCAGCCUCUUCUCUCUAUGGGUCUCCUCCAGACCUCCCACCAAAACCAUGAACUUUGGCUGGCAUCGCUCAGAAAUCCUGGGUGCCUGUCUGUCAGUGCUGUCCAUCUGGGCUGUGACAGGAGUGCUGGUGUUCAUCGCGGUUCAGAGGAUCCUUAACGAUGACUUUGAGAUCCACAGCCAGAUCAUGCUCAUUACCUCAGGCUGUGCUGUGGGGGUCAAUGUCUUAAUGGCKCUAAUCCUCCAUCAGUCCAGUCACAGCCACGGUCCCUACAACCACCGACCCCAUGACAAUACAGUCAACCUAUCACACGGCCACUCUCACGGACUCCCUGGUGGCCAUGGCAACACCAGCGUGAGAGCGGCUUUUAUCCAUGCAGUAGGGGAUCUGUUGCAGAGUCUGGGGGUACUGCUGGCUGCUACCAUUAUACACUUCUGGCCUGAGUAUAAAAUAGCAGAUCCCAUUUGUACCUUCAUGUUCUCUGUAUUUGUGCUGGGAACAACUGUCACUAUCCUGAAGGACGUCUUCAGGAUACUCAUGGAAGGGGUUCCUAAAGGUAUCGACUUCAAUACUGUGAGAGAAAUGCUGCUGUCGCUGAGAGGAGUCAAGACCACACACAACCUCCACAUGUGGGCCCUCACAUUGAGCCAGUCACAGCUCUCUGUACACGUGGCUAUAGAGGAAGAUGCCAGUCCCCAACUGGUACUCAUGGAGGCUACCAAGRUGCUCCAGUCAGAGUUUGGUUUCUCCAGCAUCACCAUCCAGGUKGAGCAGUAUGCAGAGGAGAUGAUCUAUUGCAUGCAGUGUCAGGAGCCCACGGACUGACAUCACUACCACCAUGGGGGUUGAGACUGAACUAUAGGGACCACUAUGGGAGAUUGACUGACUGAAUCCAUUAUGGGGGUUAUUUGAAAACCCUGUACAAAAUCUAGCAUGUGCUGGCUAGCUACUCGAUUGAGAUUUGUUAACAGUAUGUCAUGACCGACCACUAUGGGGCUAAAGACUCUACGGACAAGAGAGCCUUCUCUACCCUAUGAGAGGAAAGAGUUCUUCCCAGCCGAUGUCUGUACUGUAUGCCUGUUACAGUAUGCCGUGUGAGGUCACACGACUUUACUUCAACAGGGGGUGUACUGUAGAUUAUACACUGGGACAUGAGGUGCUAUCACUUCAUUUUCCUUCGUGUAGCACUUCUGUGGGAAAGCUCCUGUUUCGAUCAAUAUUGGUUUUUCUAGUAAGAUAACAGACAGAUAGACAAGGUCAACAGAAAGUGUCAUUGUCACACAUAAUGUUUUAUGUAAAAGAUCAGGUCAUAUUUAGAUAAUUACAUGUAUCAUAUUUAUUUAGUUUAUAUUAUAUAACAGGUGUGGUAUAUUAACAUAAAUACUGAAACGUUUCAAACUCGAACAUUGUUUUUUAAACAUUUCAGUUUGUAGACCUUUCAGUUUCCUUAUUUCACUCUACAUUCUUACUGAUUUACUACCAUGGUGAGACCAUGGUGAUUGAGGGACUUCACAGAGAGGGUGAGAUUCAAUCCAAGGCGUUUUAUAGACCAGCACACUGGAAAGCCAACAAUGCGCCUUUGAAAGGAAAUUUCCCUGARGUCCGUGGAGAUCACAUUCAAUGUAAACAUUGUGCAUGUCAACUCAAGCAUAAAUMACCUUUAAAAGUCAAGAGCCAUGCGCUGCUCUGUAAACGUGCCUUGGAUUGAAUCCAGGACUUGGUUGUUCAGGCUCUGAGUAAUGUGUUSAGCCUGGGGAACAGACACACACCGUUCUGUGUCGUCACCUCCAUCACCAUCUCCAAGGGAACCCSUUUUACCUUACUGAUGUACUCAGCACAGACAGAGAUGUUCUUCGCCUCAUUUCUCACCUACAGUAUGUUUAAGACACAAAAGCAGGGAGGAGAGUAGUGUUAGUAAUAUCAUCGCUAUAAAAUAUUCUUAGAUGUAUAAAUCAUUUUCCAACGUUAUUUGAUGUACGACCACUUUCAAACCAGGAUAAAGUCAAUGGUAUAUGGAUGUCAAUUUAUACUCUUUACUUUGUUUUUCUCUGACGGUGUGUUGGACUUUGUUUUUCUCUGACGGUGUAGCCUGCCCAGUCAUGUGAAAUCCAUAGAUUAGGGCCUAAUUAAAUUAUUUCAAUUGA